UAAAGCUGCGUCGAACAGAAAGUCCGCUGCUUCGGGCACCGGCCAGUUGACGUCGUCUGCUCACGGGACAACUGCCGUCAGAGCCCGCGUUGCCAGGUUUCUGCAGCACCGGAGCCGCAGGAUGCCUUGCUGCGAUAUCCACCCCCGCAGGAUGAGCGCGGAGGAGCAGGAGCGCGAACUGGACGGCGACCCGCUGGACCUGCUGCCGCACGAGCAGCUGGCGCGCCUGAGCCAGGUGGCCUCCUUCUACGACGGCGCGUGCGUCCUCAUCACCGGAGCCACCGGCUUCCUGGGCACGUCGCUGCUGGAGAAGCUGCUGCGUACCUGCACCGGCAUCAGCAGGAUCUACGUGCUCAUACGCGACAAGAAGGGCGUCCCGCUGCGGGAGCGCGUGCGGCGGCACCUGCAGGGCGUGUUCUUUAGCAAGACAGGCAAGACCUGCCCAGACUACAUCAGCAAGGUGGUGCCCAUAGCAGGGGACUGCUCUCAGCCAGGGCUGGGGAUCAGUGCGGCGGAUGCUGAAGAACUGGCCGGCAAGGUGUCAGUCGUCUUCCACGUGGCCGCCACUGUGCGCUUUGAUGAGAUUCUGCGCAUCGCUGCCAACACAAAUGUGGCUGCCACCCGUGAUGUCAUCAACCUCGCCAAGCGCAUGCCCAACCUCAAGGCUUUUAUACACGUCUCUUCGGCGUACUCAAACUGCACCUUUGCCAAGGUGGAGGAGAAGUUCUACCCGCCCUCCAUGACCACAGAGGAACUGCUGAAGCUGCUCAGCGUCAUGGACGACAACCAGUUGGCGCAGAUCCUGCCCAAGAUUAUGGGGGAUUGGCCCAACACAUAUGCGUUCACCAAGGCCAUCGCCGAGGACACGGUGCGGGUGCAUGCCGCUGGGUUGCCCGCAGCAGUCAUCAGACCCUCUAUAGUGGUGAGCACGGCGGAGGAGCCGCUGGCGCUGUGGGUGAGCAACAUGUACGGCCCCAUCGGCGUGGCUGCGGGCGCCGGCGUCGGCCUGAUGCGCGUCUUCCUGGCCGACCCCGACGUCAAGGCGGACCUGGUGCCCGUCGACCUGGUCACCAACGCCACCAUCGCCUGUGCCUGGGACACCUGGCAGAAGCACAGUCAGCUGCCUAAGCAAGAACAAGUUGUUGCUGUGCCCAGCGUGUACAACCUGGUGUCUGGGAUGCGGCACCCAGUCACGUGGAGGGACUUCAUGCGCCACACGGAGUACGGCACCAACUUCCCUCCCAAGGCCGCCCUCUGGUACUACAGCCUCAUUCUGUGCAGGAAGAAGUGGACGCACGACCUCUGCGCAAUAUUCCUCCACCUCGUUCCCGCAAUUUUUGUGGAUACCUUUCUGCGUUUAAGAGGCAAGAAACCCAUCCUUUGGGAGACGUACAACAAGGUUCACAAGUUCACGGGCGUAUUGGAGCGAUUCAGCACCAAUGAAUGGGAAUUCGAAGAAGACAACGUUAUCACAUUGUUGCAGCGCCUGGGGACUGUUGAUCGUAAACUAUUUCCCUUCGAUGUCAAAGACCUCGACUGGGAGUGCCUUCUGAGCAUUUCUACCCGCGGACUGCGCGUUUAUCUGGCCAAUGAUAGCUUUGAUACACUGGAUGCUGCCCGGGUUAAAUAUCGCAGGCUCAAGAUAAUGCACUACACUCUUAUAUCGACUGGUGUGGCGCUGAUACUUCUGCUUCUGUGGUGGCUGCUGUUUGUGUAGAAGAGGACUGGCACACAGGGAGCACGAGGCGGCCACAUAGAACACACGUCACACUCCAGUCUCUCCACGUUCACAGCCAAGUGAGACAGUUCGCUGGAGGUGCUGACACUGUGUUUACUGGAAGAACUCUUCAAUGACUUUCACGGAAAGGUGUAAGUCUCCUUCAGUGCGUGAGUCGUUAUUCUGCGCCUGUAAAUUAAAUAACUAGCUCUAGAUGUGUUUCACAUGAUGUAGAGAAUAAUGCAACGAAAACUAUGAACAUCGUCAUUGGAAAAAGACGCUAUUCAGUUUCAUCGUUAGUACUUUUCUACCAGAGAAGGUGAUGCAGCAAGAAAACGUCGAGGAAAUGAAUCACGAACCUUCCUUGGUGUUGGCAGGGAAUAGACACAAUAGUUGUCACAGUAAUUAUCAUCCCCCACCCUCUCCACUCUCUCCUUGUCUAUCUCUCUCUCUCUCUCUCUCUCUCUCUCUCUCUCACACACACACACACACACACACACACACACACACUCACACACGCACAUUAAGACACACACCUACAGACACACAAUAUGUACACAUAUGCUUUUGAGCGCUGUCUUUGUGCUGAGCAUCGAUCAAAAGUAUACAUUGAAUAAUAAAUUUGUAUUUUACAUAUUUACGUGCCAUUAUCUCAUGCUAAUUAUGCUAAUUAUUAGUGACAAGUGUCCAAUUAUUUUUGUUGCUCAUAGUGAUUUAAGAG